AUGCCAUGGAGUUGCGAGGUCCUCGCAAAUGCGCUUACCUUGGCUAGCCCAAUCGCAGCCUGCUAUUGUGCAAGGUUGCUUACGCGGCUCUUUGCGCAGCUUGAGGAAACUAGCGCAAUCGUGGCAAACAGGAACUUCCCUCAAUCGAGGUCCUUAGCAUGCAGUGGGACUGAGGCAGUCCUAAUCCCGCCGGCGCCCUGCCGGAGCGAAAGUGGCCAGCACCACGAGAAUCAGGCUGUUAAUGGCUGCUUCCAGUACAGUAACGCAACGUUUGUUCUUCAGAGCAAUGACGGUUCUGGGGUUGAUGCGAUGGAUGCCGAGGACGAGGAACUGGAUUUCUGCAUUCUGACACCGCAACAAGCCCUGGGCGUCCUGGGUGACCAUGCACCGCUUUAUGCGAAGAUUUUUCUCAACGGCUACACGUUCGUGGCAGAUCAAAGCGAGCCUGGCACGAUCCUGUCUGUGGAUGAAUAUGCGGAUCGCAUGCACAGCUCGGCAAGCAGGGACCAAUCGCUUGGCGGAUCUUCUAUUACCUGCAGUCCCGGCGACAGCCAGGUUGCCGACGCAAAGUCGGACGCUGACGCGUCCUCCCGCUCGAUGGGCGGUGCAUCCUCCAUUAGCCACUUCAGUUCCAUCAGCGGCUCUCUAUCCUUGACUUCAUGUAACUUAACUUCAUACAUUAGCUGCGGCCAACCGGAUUACAGCUCGGAUCCUACAGUUUCCCGACGCAGCAGCUUUGAAGUUCAGUUAUUACCUUCCAAGUGCUCGGCGCGGAUACAGCUCACCCGGCGAACUACGCUCGAAGAGGUCAACGUCGAAGGCUCGUACUUUAAUACGACGUCGCAGACUUGUCCUGCAAAUCUGGACGACGUGUCAGCCCCGGACAAGGCGCAAGCUCACAUAUGGGCAACUGUCACAAUUGUCACAACAGUCACGGCUGUCGCCUGCGGAUUCUUGGGUCUUGCGAAGAAAUGCCUGGGCAAGGCCCCUGCGCUUCCGCUCCCAGACGGCGCCACCCUGGAGUCUGCCGUACCCCCUGCCCUUCGAUACUACCUGGCCCAAGCGCGCGCGGCAGGCUGUCAAGACCCACGGGACAUCGGUGAGGGUUGCGAGGCUGGUGUCCGGCAGCGACGAUCAUCAGCAGGGGACUCCGUUACCGGUGCCUUGUCGGAGCCAGGUCAUGAUGGUGAUGUGAGUAUCUCUGCCGGGCGUCCGGGCUUUGUGCGCGCUGCCGUCGAGCAGCUCAACACGCAGCGUCUGGUGUGUUGUCACGUUACUCCGUUCACCGCGUCGAAGACAAGUCGGAAGCCGCGGCCACUGGCGCAUCGAGUUUCAGCAUCCAAGUAA